UUGUUUUUUUUUUCGUUGUUUGUCUUCGUCUUCGUAUCAAUUUUGGAAAAAUCUGUCUUGUUCUUAUCUACUUUGGGGCUCAGUGUAAAAAUUUUCGUGGUGUAGUUUUUCAUUUUCUGCAAUUGUAAAACGCACUUUGCAGAAAAGCAAAUGAUCUCUUGCCGUAUUCUUUAGGUAUUAAAAAUGUCAUAUUGUGUGUCACUGCCUUGCUAGGCUACGAACGUAGUUGUCAAAGUGACAACCAACUUUGAUCAUUAUAAUGAAGACUUGAAUUCGAGUUCAUCAUAAUGCCUGUGUUACAUUACAGACAAGGUAGAAACGAUGUAAAUUGCUUUCUAAAAUACCUGUUAUUCAUCGCUAAUUUCAUGUUAUGGUCAUUUGCCAUUUUGAUUUUGACGAUUGGAAUAUGGUCGUGGAGCGAGAAAGAUCGCUUCAGCAACUUCGGUAAAUUAGCCCACGUUGUAUUGGAUCCAGCAUUCGUGUUUUUUAUCCUUGGUACUGUUGCGUUUGUGAUCGGUUUCACCGGAUGCGUGGGAGCGUUGAGAGAAAAUACUGUGUUGCUGUAUUCGUAUGCGAUAUUUUUGGCUGUGCUACUUCUUUUUGAGAUAACGUGUGGAGUUUUAUUGGCUGUUUUCAAAGAUUGGAUCAAAGCUGAGGCAGCACAAGGUUUUCAAACGUUUAUUAUACGUUAUCGCGAAGAUCCCGACCAGCAAAAUUUUAUUGAUUGGGUUCAAGAAGAAUGGCUUCAAUGUUGCGGUAUCGAUGGACCCAAAGACUGGGACAAAAAUAAUUAUUUCAACUGUUCGUCUCAAGAUAUAGGUAGCCGUGAAGCAUGUGGAGUACCAUUUUCUUGCUGUAAAAAGAAACCGAAUGAGGUAGUGAAAAACAAGCAGUGUGGCUACGAUGUGCGCAAAACGAAUUACUAUGCCGAUAAAUGGACGACUUUAUUACUAACGCAAGACGAAGGCGAUAGUCCUAUUUAUGAAAAUGGUUGUAUCAAAGCUCUGGAAGAAUGGCUCGAAAAAAAUUAUUUCACCAUAAACCUUAUCAUUUUUUUUACAAUAGCCGUUCAGAAUUUAGAUAUUAGUAAAACGAUAAACGAAAAAGGCUGCUUGCAAGCCCUCGAAGAUUGGAUCGAACAGAAUUUGCUUUGGAUUACCAGCAUUAUGAUUUUAUCGACUUUUUCCAAGGUACUUGGUAUAAGCUUCGCUCAGAAUCUAAGAUCUGACAUAAUUGCUCAAAAAGCCGCAUGGUAUUGAAUGUGAUUCCUGUGAUAACGGUGCUUUUACCAUAAAUAUUCGACUAAUUUCUAUAGUUAACGAAUAAGGUUUUUUUCUUUUUUUUUUUUUUUUAAUGACUGCUGUCGAUUAUUGACAACUAUUCAUCGCCGCUGAAUGUUGUAUUUUAAUGUUCUUGCCGUUUUAGAUCGGUAUAAAUUUGUAAUACUCUCGGAAAACGCGUGUAAAAUGAGUUUUCUUCGCCGACAUGUGUACUCCUAUUGAUAUCUUUCCAUUUCCAAAGUAUAGAGCUUUUCUCAGUAGCUGUAAGACAUUUGGAGAAAAUUUUAAAAUGUGAUAAUUAUUACGAGUAUUAUUUUGUUAGUUUUAUAAGUGUUACGUUAUUUCCUCUUAUUUAAAAAAAAAAAUUAAUAUACCUAACUUACAUUUGUUCGUAGGUGUGUAGAUGUUGCGGUACUUUUGCAGAAGUGUUUCAGAAUUAUUUCAAUUUAUCCGCUCUCGUGUUAUUAGUUAUUGAGGAAGUUACGAUAAAUAAAAUAUAAAAUUUUAAUUAGAAUCACGCACAUUUCUAAAACAUUUUCCCGCUCUGAGUUAAAAUUUAUACAUAAUGCGCAAUAUGACUCUGUUUUCGUUUUCAAUCGGUUCCGAAAACUUUUCAUCAUUUGAAACACUUCUGCUAAAGCAUAGGCCUAAAUUCAUUCCAGCGUGUUUAAUUAUGCUGCGAUUGUUGGUACUGGUACAUCUACAUACGUCUAAGUUCGUAGCAACGUGUACGUUGGUAUUAAUUAUUUAUAAUUUCCCCGCUCCAUUGAUUCUUACGUUUACAUUUUUUAACAUCGCUUUACUCCGUAUCAUAAUUUUUAUUGCAACGAUUAUAUUUUAUUUUCAUAAUUUGUGAUGCAUGUGUAUUUAAAAAAAAAAAAAUACAAGGUAAUUAUUAACUUAUA